AUGAAGCUGUGGGUGGUACUGAGCAUCCUGGCGAUUGUUCAAUCGUUUCAGUACGAUGACGAUUGGGAAGGAGCCGAAGGGCAAUACGAAAGAGAAGUUUACGAUGAUGAUAUCCCAAUCAUUUUAACUUUACCAGAAAUUGUGCCUGUUCUCCAAGUAAAAAUCUUCUACAAAAACCACCACUUGUACGUAACCCAGCGAGAAAUGCCUCGAGAGCAUCCAAAAUUACAUCCAAGUGAAGAAAAACCAGAUUUGCAGAUAGUAGUUCCUGAUACUAAAUCCGUUUUUCUCCAUCCUUCGGAUAUAAAUGACAAAGAAAUCUACAUCCACCACAGCAAAGAUCACAUUUUCGUCUUCCAAGGCGAAGUUCCAGAAAUCCAACCAGAGCUUCCAUUAAUUUCCACAGCUGACGACUCUAUCCUCUAUUUAAACGCCACAUCCUUCAUCCCAGAGAAACUGAUCAAGAUUUACUACGACGGCGACAGAUUGUUCGUAUCUCAGCGUGAUGUUCCCGAUAACAAGUACUUCAAUGAGAAACCAACACGUUCCUUUUUGCAGUACAUUGGGUCCGAUCGUGCGAUUGUGUACCUUUAUCCCACGAAGAUCAAUUGGGACCAAGAUGUCGCUGUGCAACAUAGUCCUCAUUCAAUUUCCGUUUUCCAAGGAAGAAAACCGCGUUCUUAUCGUCGGGAAGAUAACGCAGGAGAGACUAAAUACUUGCCGGACUCUGCUCAAGAUUACGACGCGACUUUUGAAGCUGGGGAACUUUAUCCGAUGUACUCCGGUGACUACAAUCCCAGAAAAACCGCACUGAUAUUCUUUGAUAACGGAAAAAUGCGGAUUACCCAAAAGGGAGCUCCAGAAGAAACAAAUCCUGAUUUGGCACCCAAUAAGGGCACUCUGCAAACAAUGACCUCGGAUAAGAACAAAUUGGUGUUCCAUCCUGCAAGAUUCUCCCCAGGAAAGCAAAUCAAGGUACAGCAUUUGGGUAAAAGAAUAUUUGUAUGGACCGGACGUGACCGAGCGCCGAGUUUUAAUGUAAACAAUCCUGAAAUAAUAGAAGUUAUACGACCAAAAGUGGACCAUGAAGAUUAUGACACUACUGUUGAUGAUGGAGUAGUUUUUGAGGUAUAUUCUAAUGAUUUCAAUCCGGAUAAAUUGGUGAGGAUAUUUAUCAAGAAUGGUCAAUUGAGAAUUACUCAAGUGAACACUCCAGAAGAAACAGAUCCAAAUUUAGUGCCGGGUGUUAAGAGUUUGCAAACUAUAACUCCAGAUGAGAAUUCAUUGCUGUUCCACCCAGCUAGAUUUUCUCCGGAUGUUAAGAUAAGGAUCCUCUAUAAAAACAACAAAAUAUUCUUAUGGACUGGAAGAAGUCAACCUCCGAGAUUUAAUACCAACAGACUGGAAAUUAUCGAAGUAAUUGAACCAGAAACUGAAGAUCCUGCACCAGAAGAAACACCUUUUGAUACUUCUUUUGAUUCCGGAGAAACGGUUAAGUUAUUUCCCACCGAAUUUGAUCUGACGAGACUAGUAUACAUAUUUUUUGAAAACGGCCAGUUGAAGGUGACUCAAAUUGGUGCUCCAGAAGAACCCAGGAGGAAUAUAAGAAGCAAGUACAGGAAUUUAAGGAUAAUUUCGGUUGAUGAUAAUAAAUUAAUGCUGUACCCAGCUAGAAUUAUACAAGAUCAGGAAAUUAAUCUUAGACAUGAAGAUGGCGAGAUAUUCCUUUGGCAGGGCUCUGAUCAAUUGCCAAUUAGGAAUGUUAACCGGCCUGAUAUUGUUAAAGUUAUUAAACCACCUCGUCCUGAACCCAAAGAAGUUCCGCAGGACUUAUAUGUUAGAAGUGGAAAAACACUGAUUGUUUCUCCGAGAACGUUUGAUGUCAACAAACUUGUCUAUGUGGUGUUCAAAAAUAACAAAUUACAAGUAACACAAGAUAAUGCGCCAGAAGAAUUAGAUUUGAUAGUUGAAGAAAACUUACCAAUUGUUAAAUCUGAUACAGCGCCUUUGAUGUUCCAUCCAAAUUUGCUUGAUCUUCAUACCAAAAUUUACAUCCGGCGUCAAAAUGGUAUGAUUUAUAUUUGGCAAGGGUCUGAAGAUCUUCCGGUUGAUGUUUCUGAUGUUGAAGACGACCAAACACCAAUAAACGUUGAAGUAUCUAAAAUCAAACAGAAUUCAUCUGUAAUUAUUGUCAACAAGCCCCAUAAGGAAGAUAUUAAUGUAGCGUUAAUUGAAACUGAUAAUUCAUCCGCAAUUAUUGCCAAAAAGCCUGUUGAAGAUAUCAAUAUAACAAUUAAAACUAAAAAUAAUUCAUCUAAAAUUAUUGCCAAAAAGCCUGUUGAAGAUAUCAAUUUAACGUUAAUAAAAACUAAAAAUAAUUCAUCUAAAAUUAUUGCCAAAAAGCCUGUUGAAGAUAUCAAUAUAACAAUUAAAACUAAAAAUAAUUCAUCUAAAAUUAUUGCCAAAAAGCCUGUUGAAGAUAUCAAUAUAACAAUUAAAACUAAAAAUAAUUCAUCUAAAAUUAUUGCCAAAAAGCCUGUUGAAGAUAUCAAUAUAAGAAUUAAAACUAAAAAUAAUUCAUCUAAAAUUAUAGCCAAAAAGCCUGUUGAAGAUAUCAAUUUAACGUUAAUAAAAACUGAAGAUAAUUCUGCAAUUUCGGACGUAGAUUCAAAUAUAAAAGAUGUACAUUAUAAAUUUAAUGAAGGUAAUACAUCUGAACCCAACAAAACAACAGUAAAUUCAUCAGAUAUUUUCAUUAAUAAAGUUGUUGAAAUCAAUUCUAUAAUGAAUAUAUCUUUAUCGAAAUUUAAUCCGAAGAUAUUAGUAUCAGUGUCGUUCAAAAAUGACACUUGGGUAAUAAGUCAGCUCAAUACUCCCAAAGAAACGUUAACUAAAGCAUCAAGUUCUACAAAAUUACAAAUCAUCAAGCCUAGCACAGAAACAAUCUUUCUUCAUACAGCGUUUAUAGAUCCCUCAGAAGUUCAUCUUCGCUAUGACAAUGGUAAGAUAUAUAUUUGGCAAGGAGACAGCCAACCUUUGGUUAACAUUGAGACUGAUGUUGUUAGUGUACCUGAAUUAGCAAAGCCUAAAAUUGAACAUAAAUCUAAACCUGUAACGGAUCUUUUGGUGCAAGAUACGAUUGAAUUAGAGCUUCCGAAAGCAGAAAAUGUCUUUUUAAAUAGUAAGAAACCAAAAGUAACUUUCAACCAAACAAUUAAAAGCGGUCGCACUUUGUCAAUGGCUUCAGGCGAAUUUGAUACCCAUAAAUUGGUGAUGGUUUCAUUCAAGAACAAUAUUUUGGAGGUAACGCAAGUUAGGUGUCCUAAAGAAACAUGGGAUGAAAGAAUUGAAUACAAAAAAAACUUACAAAUCAUCCGGCAAGAUACUGAUAUGAUGUAUUUACAUGCUGGUCUUGCUAAUUUAGAAUUUAACAUUAAUUUCCGACAUGAUUAUGGUAAAAUUUACAUUUGGCAAGGCGCCAAACCGACGGUUAAUAUAGAUUCUCCAAUUUUGAAUGUAAUUGAUCAGAAUCCAAGAGUAGUUACGUCGGAAAAUGAAUUUGACGCCACCUAUGAAAGCAAUUACACUGUUAAAGAGUUCUCUAGGAGAUUUAACAUGGGAAAAUUGUUGUCGGUAACUGUUGAGUACAACCAAUUGCAUUUGUCGCAAGUAAAUAUGCCGGAAGAUUCGGUAAGUGCGACGGGUGAAUACAAAAAUUUGCAGGUUGUUAGAUCAGAGUCAGUUAGAGUGUUGAUUCACUUAGCGAGAAUUAAUCCAGAUCUUUUGAUUCAUUUCCGAUAUGAAAAUGGAAGGAUAUACAUUUGGCAAGGGUCAGAUAGGAUUCCUGAGUCGGAUGUUGAUAUGCCGAGUGUUGUUCAAGUUAUUGAACCCAGUGGAGGUGAAGAUGAAAAAGAAGAAGAUGAAGAUGAUGAAGAGACGGUAGUGAAAGAUUUGAAUCAAUCUGUUUCUGAUAAAAUGACGUUGACUCUCUUUUCGAAUAUGUACAAUCCGGAUAAAUUGGUCGUGGUGAAACAUGCCAAUCAUCAGAUUCAUGUCAAUCAAGUAGAUCGUGUUAAAGAUGAUGGAAAUAAAAAUCCUGGGUAUGAAGACUUGCAUUUGUCGGUUCCUAACAAAUCUAGCGCGACUUUUGAUCCACGAAAAGUUGAUCCGACCCUUAUAAUUGAUGGCCUUUCUUAUCAGCCGGCAUCAAAAAUUCCGAUUCCUGACGUUAUUUAUCCCGAAAUUUUGAUAACUGUCGACUACAACUUCUACAAGCGUUUUAAUAAGGAGACAAUUAUUCCAUACUUGUUCUCAUUCUGGUCGGGAGUCGAUAUGUUUUACCGCCAACUGCAGAACCCUAAGUACAAACUAUCCAUUGCUGGAGUUGUAAUUGCUGAGGAUUUCCAGGUCUUACAUUUUAUGAUACCAGAAAGAAAUAACAAAACAUUUACAAUGUCAAUAAACUUUAUGAAUGUAAUAUCGGGCGAUAUGCCAAAAUGGUUAAGUGUAAAUGCAUCGGAAAUUGCAUUAAGUAGCUACGAUAUUCAGAUGCUAAUGACACCCUACAUUUAUGAAUUUGAAAAUAAAAACGGUGAAGUAUUGACUUUUGUUGGAUUGUCCUCUCGAACAUCGGCUUGCUAUGGACAAACUCACCUAAGCCCACUGGGAGGAGUAAUAAGUGAACCUCAUAAUUUUCAGGGUGUUCUUAGAGCUGUUCAUGAGUUAGGUCAUAUAUUUGGUUCAGCACAUGAUCUUUCAUGCGAAAAUUCAUCUUGUGAAAAACAAUAUUUAAUGGCGAGUCAAGAAAAUUUUUGGACAAUAACUAGAUUCUCGGAGACAACUAUAAAUAAUUUCCAUAGAGCACUAGAAGAAAACGAUUUUUCAUGCAUGUACAAUAAGGCUAAUGUAGAUAAACCACUCCAUAUGAUAUUGGAUGAAGACGAUCGAUUGGUUACUAGCAAACAGAAAUUUGCUGCCGAUAAGGUCAUCAAGAUUUACUACGAAGAUGAUACUUUGAUUGUCACCCAAGUAAACACUGAUAAAUCAUCAGUAGCAGAAAAGUUAGAUGAUAGUUUCCUUAAAAUUGUCGUGACCGAUGACAAUGUUCUAGAAGUUAAUCCCGAUGAAAUAAGUCAAUUGAGUAAAGUUAAUAUUUAUCACGAAGAUCAAUUUAUUUAUGCGUAUCAAGGAAGAAAGCCAGUACCAGAAAAUUAUAAUGAUGUACUUGAAAGCAAUCCGGAAGACUUGAGCCCUGACUAUUUCGAAAAUGACGAUACUGAAAUGUGUUUCAAUAAAACGGACUUUGAUAGUGAUAAAUUAGUAAAAAUUUAUUAUGAAAACAAUAAAAUACAUGUAUCGCAACGUAAUGUGCCGGAUUGUGAGAGUCCUAAUGAGCGUAAAAGCUCAUACUUGCAGUACAUCGGGUCUGAGCUUGGAAUUAUCUAUCUUUAUUUAACUGAAAUAAAUUGGGACAAAGAAGUUUGUGUUCAGCAUGAUGAUGCCUCUAUAUUUGUCUAUCAAGGAGAGAAACCUGAUUUAGAUCGUUGGGAAUAUAAUUCUGGCAAGAUAAAAUACUUACCGGAUGAAUCUUAUGUUAAUAGAAAAUUACCUGAAUCUGAAGAAAGAAAACAAAGAUCCGAAUUUAAUUUAACUUUAGACACUGAACAUACUCUUUCAAUAUUUCCCAAUGAAUUCAAUCAAAAGAAACUGGUAUCGAUAUCAUUUGAAAAUGAUAAGCUAAUUAUAUCUCAAAUAGGAACGCCUGAAGAAAAUAGAGUAGAGGAAAAUAUGUUAUCUGAAGAUGCAAAUGUGAUGUUCUUUACAAGGGAUGUUAAUAAAUUGUUACUGCAUCCAGUGCGAUUAACUUCUAGAAAAGAAAUUCAUAUACGUCAUUUAGAUAAACGUCAGGAGAUAUACCGUAAACAUGGCUGUGAAGUAGGAAAAUGCGACAUUGUUAAAAUAAAAUUACCGAGUCGUCGAACAGGAUCAUUAAACUCAACAAUAUCUUUCAAAUUGAAAGCAUUUGGUACCGAGACAGUGCUAAACCUCCGUAAAUCCAAUGGGAUUCUUGUUGGGGAUAAUACUCCAGUUUACUUUGGUAAAUCCGUAGAAUCUAAAGUGCCUGGUGAAAAACGUAAAGUGCUUCUUCAAAAACAAUUGGGGUUGUUUAGUUCGAAAAUACGCUCCCAACUUUAUGAAGACGAAGCCAAUUUUGCGAUAGUCACACUUGACUUUGACUCUGAUGGACCCAAAAUAAAGAAUGGAUUCGUCACCUCGAAAAAUUUUACACUCAGUGAAUUGCAAGAAAAUUUUUCCAACGCCUCCCGAAACCAUUUCUAUCUAGCAAGAUACAUGUAUGGUGACACCCUCGAAAAAUUUAGCCACCCCCUUAUAAUUGAUGGCCUUUCUGAGCAGCCAACACGAAAAAUUCAGAUUCCUGAGGUUAUUCAUCCCAAAAUUUUGGUAGUUGUCGACUACAACGUCUACAAGCGUUUUGAUAAGGAGACAAUUAUUCCAUACCUGUUUUCAUUUUGGUCGGGAGUCGAUAUGUUUUUCCGCCAGCUGCAGACCCCGGAGUACAAACUAUCUAUUGCUGGAGUUUUAAUUGCUGAGGAUCUCCAGGUCUUAAAAUUUAUGAUACCAACGAAAAAGAACAAUACAUCUCCAAUGUCAAUAAACUAUAGUUUGGCAUUGGACGCUAUAUCAUCGUGGUUAUUAUCAGCAAAAUCGGUAAUUCCAUUAAGUAGCUACGAUCUUCAGAUGAUAAUGACCCCGUACACCUACGCUCAUGAACGUCGAAAUGAGACUGGUAUAUUUUACGAUUAUACUGCUGGACUGUCCUAUAUGCCAUCGGCUUGCAAUGGAAUAAAUUACAAUCACCCAGACGGAGGAAUAACAGCUGAUCCUCAUAAUUUUCAGGGUGUUCUUAGAGCUGCUCAUGAGUUAGGUCAUGUAUUUGGUUCGAACCAUGAUAGAAAAGUUCCAUGUGACAAUGAUUUACCUUGUGAAGAACAAUAUUUAAUGGCGCCUGAAGAAGUUUCAUGGACAAAAACUAAAUUCUCGGAGGCAUCUAUAGAACAAUUUCGUAAUAUAUUGGAGUCCGUAAAACUAAUUGCUAAGGAACGCGAUUUUUCAUGCAUGUACAAUGAGCCAGACAUUGAGAAGGAUAAACCAUUCAAUAUGAUAGUGCCUAGCAAAGAACGAUUGGUUGUUAGUAAAUACGAAUUUGUGGCCGACCAGGUCAUCAAAAUUUCCUACGAUAAUAAUACUUUGAUUGUCACCCAAGUGAACACUAGAAAAUCAUCAGUAGCGAAAAAGUUAGAUGAUAGUUUCCUUAAAAUUGCCGUGACCGAUGACAAUGUUAUAGAAGUUGAUCCCGAUAAAAUUAGUCAAUGGAGCAAAGUUAAUAUUUAUCACGAAGAUCAAUUUAUUUAUGCGUAUCAAGGAAGAAAGCCAGUACCAGAAAAUUAUAAUAAUGCACUUGAAAGCAAUCCGAAAGACUUGAGCCCUGAUUAUUUCAAAAAUGACGAUACUAAAAUGUGUUUCAAUAAAACGGACUUUGAUAGUGAUAAAUUAGUAAAAAUUUAUUAUGAAAACAAUAAAAUACAUGUAUCGCAACGUAAUGUGCCGGAUUGUGAGAGUCCUAAUGAGCGUAAAAGCUCAUACUUGCAGUACAUCGGGUCUGAGCUUGGAAUUAUCUAUCUUUAUUUAACUGAAAUAAAUUGGGACAAAAAAGUUUGUGUUCAGCAUGAUGGUAACUCUAUAUUUGUCUAUCAAGGAGAGAAACCUGAUUUAAAUCGUCGGGAAAAUAAUUCUGGCAAGAUAAAAUACUUACCGGAUGAAUCUUAUGUUAAUAGAAAAUUACCUGAAUCUGAAGAAAGAAAACAAAGAUCCGAAUUUAAUUUAACUUUAGACACUGAACAUACUCUUUCAAUAUUUCCCAAUAGAUUCAAUCGAACGAAACUGGUAUCGAUAUCAUUUGAAAAUGAUAAGCUAAUUAUAUCUCAAGUAGGAACGUCUGAAGAUAAUACAGGAGGAAUUAUGAUAUUCGAAGAUGAAGAUUUAAUGUUCAUGACAAGUGACGUCAAUAAAUUACUACUGCAUCCAAUGCGAUUAAUUUCAAGAAAACAAAUUCAUAUACGUCAUGAAAAUAAGAAAAUAAAAGUUUGGCAGGGUUCUUCAGACAGUCCACCUGUUUUAAAGAAACGUCAGGAGAUAUACCGUAAACAUGGCUGUGAAGAAGGAAAAUGCGAUAUUUUUGAAAUAGAAUCACUGAGUCGUCAAAAGAGAUCAGUCGACUCAACAAUAUCUUUCUCAUUGAAAAGAUAUGGUUCCGAUAGAGUGCUAAACUUUCGUAAAUCCGAAGGGAUUCUUGUUGGGGACAAUACUCCAGUUUACUUUGGUAAAUCCGUAGGAUCUGAAUUGCUUCUUGAAAAACAAUUGGGGUUGUUUAGUUCGGAAGUACGCUCCCAACUUUAUGAAGAUGAAGCCAAUUUAGCGACGGUCGUACUUGAGUUUACCUCUGGUAAACCAGAGAUAAAGGAUUUUCAAGUCUUUGAUUUUAUGAUGCCCCAAAAAAUGCGGACAACAAUGUCAGUAGACUUCGACACGGCAGUCAACAGCAUGAGUAACUGGUUAAUUCAAGAAAAAUCUCUAAUCCCAUUUAAUAGCUACGAUCUUUUCAUGAUUAUGACUCCCUACACUGAUGAAUCGAAUGAUCGUCAGUCUAAUAUUGGAUUAGGCAAAAAGUAUGCGGCUUGCAAUGGAAUAAAUUACAACCACCCAGUGGGAGGAAUAAUAGCUGACCCUAAUAAUUUUAAGGGUAUUUAUAGAGCUGCUCAUAGUUUAGGUUAUAUGUUUGGUGCAGAACCGGAUAGUGAAGAAAAAUAUAUAAUGUCGGCUGAAGAAUCACUUCCAAUAACUCGUUGGUCAGCAGGUUCCAUAGAACAAGUAAAAAGUCAACUAAAUGAGCGCGAUUUUUCAUGCAUGUACAAUAGGCCUGAGAUUUUGAAGAAUAAACCAUUCCAUAUAACAUUGACUGGCAACAGACGAAUGGUUGUUAGUAAAUACGAAUUUGCGGCCGAUAAGGUCAUAAAGAUUUACUACGAAGAUGAUACUUUGAUUGUCACCCAAGAAAACACGAGAAAAUCAUCAGUAGCAAAAAAUUUAGAUGAUAGUUUCCUUAAAAUUGCCGUGACCGAUAACAAUGUUAUAGAAGUUGAUCCCGAUAAAAUUAGUCAAUGGAGCAAAGUUAUUAUUUAUCACGAAGAUCAAUUUAUUUAUGCGUAUCAAGGAAGAAAGCCAGUACCAGAAAAUUAUAAUAAUGUACUUGAAAGCAAUCCGAAAGACUUGAGCCCUAACUAUUUCGAAAAUGACGAUACUGAAAUGUGUUUCAAUAAAACGGACUUUGAUAGUGAUAAAUUAGUAAAAAUUUAUUAUGAAAACAAUAAAAUACAUGUAUCGCAACGUAAUGUGCCGGAUAAUGAGAGUCCUAAUGAGCGUAAAAGCUCAUACUUGCAGUACAUCGGGUCUGAGCUUGGAAUUAUCUAUCUUUAUUUAACUGAAAUAAAUUGGGACAAAGAAGUUUGUUUUCAGCAUGAUGAUGCCUCUAUAUUUGUCUAUCAAGGAAAGAAACCUGAUUUAGAUCGUUGGGAAGAUAAUUCUGGCAAGAUAAAAUACUUACCGGAUGAAUCUUAUGUUAAUAGAAAAUUACCUGAAUCUAAAGAUAGAAAACAAAGACCCGAUUUUUAUUUAACUUUAGACACUGAAUAUACUCUUUCAAUAUUUUCCAAUGAAUUCAAUCAAAAGAAACUGGUAUCGAUAUCAUUUGAAAAUGAUAAGCUAAUUAUAUCUCAAAUAGGAACGCCUGAAGAAAAUAGAGUAGAGGAAAAUAUGUUAUCUGAAGAUGCAAAUGUGAUGUUCUUUACAAGGGAUGUUAAUAAAUUGUUACUGCAUCCUGGGCGAGUAACUUCUAAAAAAAUAAUUCAUAUACUUCAUAAAAAUAAGAAAAUAAAAGUUUGGCAGGGUUUUUACGACAGUCCGCCUUCAUUAAGUUUCAAUCAUCCCGAUAUUAUUGAAAUUUUAACUGAGAAUUCUAAAUCUUCAACCAUAAUUGACGAUAUUAAGCUGACUGUAGAAAACGAUGAAGUGUUGGAAAUAUUUUCUGGAGAGUUUGACCCCCUAAAAUCGGUGUUGGUCGUUUUUAAAAACAAUAAACUGGAAGUAACACAAAAAAAACAAGAUCAAAAAAUCCCUAAUUCUUCAGGAGGGUACCGAAAAUUGAAACUUAUCCAGCCGGAUUCGGAGACAAUAGAGUUUUUUCCAGUUCAAAUAGAUCCUACGGUUGAAAUUAGAAUUCGACAUCAAAAUGGUAAAAUUUAUGUAUGGCAAGGUUCUCAGAUGCCAAGAAUUCGUAAGGCUUUGCCUUAG